GACCGACCCCGAGCAGUGAGGAAGCAGCUGUAGCCAGUUCAAUUCAUAAGAAGCUUUCGACACAUUUAAUACCGCGGGGUGUUUAUAUAGUCACAGUUUCAGCGCUACAGGUAUCGACGGAGCUUGUAUAAGUAAGAUAAUAUAAACAAAACACACUCGGAGAACCCCCAUAAUUCGGGGUCGGACACCUUCCCCUGCUAUCAAUAGGAAAUAAAAAUGGAGAAUCUGCACCCCCACUGCCUUAAAUGCAUUAAUAGAAGAUGCAUGGUAAGACCAGAGACUGGAGUUUCCUGUGACCUCAUUGGCUGUCCUCUUGUCUGUGGGGCAGUUUUUCACUCGUGUAAACUAGAGGAACAUCGUCUGCUGUGUCCGUAUGAACGGCUGCCUUGCCUCAACAGUGGAUUUGGCUGCCCCUUCACUAUUGCAAGGAUCAGGAUGGCACAACACCUUGAGACAUGCCCCGCAAGUAUAGUAUGUUGUACUAUGGAGUGGAACCGCUGGCCCGUCAGUUAUGCUGAUCGCAAGUCCUAUGAAAACUUGAGCAAAGACUUUGAUGAGGUGGAGCAGCUAGACAUGGCUUUGGCUCUGCAGGAUCAGAGGAUGUUGUUAGAGUCCCUUAAGGUCACGACCAAUGUGUCAAAGAAUGGAGAUAAAGAAUUAGAUGAUAGUGAAAAAAUGGCCACAGCAUCAAGUUUACCAGAGACAGUGUUGGGUAAUGGAACAGUGGAAAUGGAGGAAGAGUCCUACAAUGAGCUGUACAGGGCUUCGGUGGAGACAAGGAGAAGUUUAGCUGCUGCCUUGGACAUCCUCACUAAUUCCAAGGAUAUUAAUGUAAUUGUUGGAAACUUAAAUGCCGAAAAGACUGAUAAGAAUGGAGCACUCCAUAAUGGAGAAAAUGGUGAUAGUCAUGGUGUUUAUGUCGCUGAAGGUGGGAAGAAUGUAGAUAUGCAAGAGAGUGACUCGGAUUCAGAGUGUGAGCUGGGAGCAGUAGGUGGAGUAGCGGGUGCUGUCAGAGCAGAUGGAGAAGACGAUGGCAUCAACUGGGUUGAAGAAAAUGAUUUUGUUGAGUUGCUUUUUGAUGAGAAGGAAGAUUACAUUGAUGAACCAAUAAAUGAUUCCAACCUUGUCUGGCCAGAGAUGCCUCAGAAUUACAUGCCUGUUGUAGCACUGGAGCCUCCUGUGCCUCAGCAAGAACAACUUGCACCUCCAAUGCCAUUCCUACUGUCUGAUCAUGUGAGAAAUAACUUCUUACAACACUUACCCACUGAACUCAGGUACAGGUGCUUAGAGCGUAAGCUACAGAAUGUAGAAGUGCUCAGAGGAAUAAGUAUGUUUACAUUUAAUGGACGUCGGGCCCUGCUGUCAGAUCCUUAUUUGUUUCGAGCAAAGAUGGAAGACAAGGCAGUUGACACAUCUGACCUGGAGGUAGCAGAUGACCCCAUGGGCCUCCAUGGCAUUGACCUCAUCACUGCAGCUUUGCUUUUUUGCCUCGGUGAUUCUCCAGGAGGGAGAGGGAUCUCAGACAGUAGGUUUGUUGAUGGCUACCACAUUGACUUUGGUACACAGACAUUCUCCUUCCCUUCUGCCAUUCUUGCAACCAACACCAUGGUGGGGGAUAUUGCUUCAGCUUCAGCCUGCGAUCACGCCAGUCCACAGCUUUCCAACCCCAGCCCCUUCCACACUCUCAGGCUGGACCUAGUCCUUGAAUGUGUGGCCCGAUACCAAACCAAACAGCGCUCCAUGUUCACAUUUGUGUGUGGACAGUUGUUCCGACGAGAUGAAUUCUCGUCUCAUUUUAAAAAUGUUCAUGGAGAUAUCCAUGCUGGACUCAAUGGCUGGAUGGAGCAGCGCUGCCCCUUGGCCUACUACGGCUGCACCUACUCCCAAAGACGAUUUUGCCCAUCCGUUCAGGGCUUCCGAAUAAUCCAUGACAGGCACCUCGGUUCGUUUGGGGUGCAACCUGGUUUACCCUUGACAAGCGGUGACAAUAACCGAAGAAAGAACUGUCAGUUUGGCUCUCAGUGUGACCAGUUAAGCUGUCUUCCAUUUGAAGUGUUGCAGCACAUAGCAGGUUUUCUGGACAGCUUUAGCUUGUGCCAGCUGUCUAGAGUGUCCCGCACCAUGAGGGAUGUGUGUGCUAGCCUGCUGCAGAUGCGUGGCAUGGUUGUUCUGCUGUGGGAGAAGAAACGGCGUGCUGAUGGGUCUCCUUCAUGGCAGAUCACAAACAAGGUGUGGCGAUUUAGCACAGCCUUUGGUACAGUGAACGAGUGGAAGUUUGCAAACAUCGCCAGUAUGGCUGAUCACCUCAAGAAAUGCAAGUUCAACACAAUUGCUCGUCGGGAGGAGGCGAUCCCUCUGCCAUGCAUGUGUUUCACCAGAGAGCUCACAAAAGAGGGGAGGUGUUUACGUUCAGUUCUCAAACCAGUAGCAUAAACAAUGAGGUCAUUUUUCAGACUCUUCUGAGUCCUUCAGAACUCAAUGCACAUGUAUUUCCCUCCAGUGUUUACAGACAUUAAGACUUUUCAGGCCUCAAAAAGAGAACUCCUGGUUGAACUUUAUCUGUGGUUCCUUGCGUCACAGUGGACACAGUCUUCAGUCCCUCAAACAAGACAAAGCCAGUAGUGAGCUGAUGCUUCAGCUCAGGCUGACGUGCUGCAGUCACAGAUCAGGACUGUAAAAAAGCAAAUUAAAAUUCUAGCAUUGUAUCUUCCUCUCAUGAAUCUGUUAAUCCUAGUGUACUGAAUUUGUAUCCGUACCUUUUCUGACACUGUGUAAAUAAUCAAAUAUUUUGGUGUAGAUUUUUUUAAAAUUUUUAUAUCAAAAAGGCAGUACUGUGCUACAUUGGUGGUAAGAGUAGAGCCUUAACUUGAGAUACACUUGAUUUUUCUAGUCAUAAGGUUGUUCAAAGCAUCUCAGUGAGAUUUCUCCACUGCUUUGAUCUAGAACAGUUUACUGAUAUCUGGCACACUUUGACAUCUACUCCAGUUGCCUACAGUGACCACAUGUGUGCUGCUUGGAACUCAUAGAUUUCACGCCUUUAAUACUACAUUUUAAAAUUGACCAAACUUCUGUGUUCCACUUUACAGAAUAAUUGAACUGCAUCACUGUCGGUGUUGAGUUCUGUUCACCAGCAUAAGCAUGCUGACACUUUUUGGGCAUGUUUCAGCAUUCACAAAGGUGGUCCAUCCUCCUCCCUUUUUUUUUUUCUUCUUCUUCUUCGUCUCACUUCUGACUAAGAGGCGGGUUUGUUAGUCAGGAUGUGGAGACAUGAAGCAACACUAUUUAUCAGUCAACUGGCACUACUUUUUUAGCCAUGGUUGGCUUGUGGUCUUUUCUACUGGGUACUUUGACAGGUAACCAGCAAUUAUUUAGAGGUUCUUUUCUCCAAAAAUCUAAAUGUAGCAAAGUCAAAAAAUGAAUGUACCUGAUGAAUCACCAGUGACUGGUUACCAGGAAGCUUGGUUUCCUUCCCCUCAGUGUCAGACCUCAAGAAAACCCUGCAGGUCAGGUUCAAGGAAAUGUAACGGGCACACACUUCCCUUCUUUAAUAAGCAUCAUUAACUAUGUUCAUAAUCACUAUUUAUCAUGGUUUUUAAAGGGUUUUUUUGGCAAUACAUGUCCGCUGUGUUCACAUAUUGUUGGUGUCUCAGGGUUGCAGCAUGAAGCUUUGUCUCACCGUUAGUGUAUUCAAGAAAAUUGCUGAGAAAGCCACGUAAGCUGCUUGAUUAUUAUGGGAUCUGUGGGGAACUGAUUCAGUAUUAUAAUGGUGUGAGUUGAGUUGCAGUGCUGAUAACAUGUUUUUCAUGUUUAUCAGUAAGUGAUGUUUUUAAAACUAAAGCUUGUUUUUUUUUUAUGUUCAUUUAAAACAGUCAUCAGGCUUGUUGAAUGACUCUUAGUUCGAAUCAAGAAAUGGGGUCUAACAAAACUUAACAAGUGUAGUCCCCUUAUAUUGUGGGGUGGGGGAGCUUUUCAAAAUUGGUUUAAAAUGACAUAAGCAAUUUUUUAGUGAUGAAAUAUGGGUUUGGUGUGUGUUUUCUUUUUUGAUGUAAAGCCCAAGCUGUGUCAAAAACUAAGCUCUUUUUCAGUUUAUGUAUGAUUUUUGUUUUUUCUUUUCCUUUUUUUGUACUGGUACUUUUCUUUGGAAAUAUACAUCUGCCUCUGUUAGGUCUGGAUUUCAAUUACUGAUUUGCACAUAAAGGCAUGUACUGUAAAAUUUAAAUCCUAUAUCUGACAGAUUAUUUUUGGAGUAGCAAAACUGUUGCUCCUUCUUGUACUAGAUGUGACUUUGAUGUUUUUGGAAAAUACAUUGAUCAGUCCAGUUGCAGGCUAAUUUAUACAGUUUAUUUCUCAGGCAUCACACAUUAAGUUUAAUGAGUAUUAUGUCUUUACUUAUGUUCUCUCUUUUUUUUUUUU